UCCAACGGUUCUAAAUUGAGCUCAUAACCUUUUUGUUAUUUGCUGGAUCUAUUUCGCUGUCCCUCUCUCUCUGUUAAUUAUUCAACUGCCGACGAGUGAGUAGAGACGAUUUCUCUCGUCUCCUUCCAUAGAUCUCGCUGUCCUCUUCCCCGAUCUGGGUUUACUCGCUCUUCAAUGGCUGCUCCAAGAGCUCGAGCUGAUUACGAUUACCUCAUAAAGCUUCUCCUGAUUGGUGAUAGCGGUGUCGGUAAGAGUUGCCUUCUUCUACGCUUCUCAGAUGGUUCCUUUACUACUAGUUUUAUCACAACCAUUGGCAUUGAUUUUAAGAUAAGAACCAUUGAGCUUGAUGGAAAACGCAUCAAGUUGCAAAUUUGGGAUACUGCUGGUCAAGAGCGGUUCCGAACGAUUACCACUGCUUACUAUCGUGGAGCCAUGGGUAUUUUGCUCGUGUAUGAUGUCACCGAUGAGUCAUCCUUCAAUAACAUCAGAAAUUGGAUUCGUAACAUUGAACAACAUGCUUCCAACAAUGUCAACAAGAUACUGGUUGGUAACAAGGCUGACAUGGACGAAAGCAAAAGGGCAGUUCCUACCUCAAGGGGCCAAGCUCUUGCUGAUGAAUACGGCAUUAAGUUCUUUGAGACUAGUGCAAAGACAAAUCUAAACGUGGAGGAGGUUUUCUUUUCAAUAGCCCGGGAUAUCAAACAGAGACUUGCAGAUACUGACUCGAAAGCUGAGCCUCAAACAAUCAAAAUUAACCAGCCAGACCAGGCAGGAGGGGCUUCUCAAGCUGCUCAAAAGUCAGCUUGCUGUGGUUCUUAGAUAAAACAGGUUGAAGUUGGGGCAGAAAGGUUCAUUAACUUUUUGUAGUGGUAAAGACUAAUUUUGUUACUGUAUGUUUGGUGCCUUGCAUUGACAUUCCUAUCACUAUUUACGCUACAGGACAUUUGGGUGUGAAUGGUAGAAUCUCGAUAUCUUAAGAGAAAGCUAUUAAGUAUCAGGGUGUUUCCUGUUAUUUUAUUUGCUGUUUUCAGGACAAACUUUGUAACUCUUUGAUUUCUUUCCUUAACAAUGCUUAUGUUUUAAGCUCCAUUUUCCUUGUGUGCGAACUUUGUUCAUAUACUUUGCUCCA